AUGAGUGAAAAGAAAAGAGCGCUAUCAGUUAGAAAUUUUAUCCCUGGAAAAAAGCCCAAAUCAGCUGAUGAGCAAUCAUCGUCAACAAUACGACAAGAAAGCGAACAAAGUACUUUAAACGAUGAAUCAGAAGCAUCAGCAUCUUUUCUUCCUCUUCACGCCAAUGAUAAUGCAAUGAAGCAAGAACCAACGACUAACACGCAAUUUAUUUCUCAACCUUUACCAGUGAUUCAUACGCAACCUAUCGAAGAACAAAUUAGUGCAUCAACUAAAGAUCCAGAAGUUUUACCUGCUGAAAGUCCAAUUCCUCAAACCUCAAUUUCAAUUCCAUCAAGAAACUCAAAAUUUUCAUCUCCAAUUGCGAUGGGGGAUCAUACAAGUCAACCUACCACACCAGAACAAGAAAAACCGGCCAAUGUUGUUUCUUCCCAUUUUGCUGAAGCAACCCCAGAAUCAAUUGAAAAACCAAUUGAAACUUUCGGUGAAUCUGAAGAAAUUCCAAGACCAAUUGAAACUUUCGGUGAAUCUAAAGAAAUUUCGAGACCAAUUGAAACUUUCAGUGAAUCUAAAGAAAUUUCGAGACCAAUUGAAACUUUCGGUGAAUCUAAAGAAAUUUCGAGACCAAUUGAAAAACCAAUCGAAUCUAUCGGUGAAUUUCCCUCGACAGAAACAACCCCGGCACAAAAAUCUAUUUUUCCUCCAAUUAAAGAAAAGGCUGCUACGCAAGCCAUACAAAUGGAGUCAAUGGUAUCAAAGCCUAACAAAUUCCUGGUUAAAAAAGAAAAACCGGCAAAGAAAGUUGCUAUUACCUCUCUCACCUCUUCGAUCAGGAAAACUUGGAAUGAAAGCUGGUUAUUUCGCACCUUCAUAUAUAUCGUUGCAGGAUUUAGUUCAAUUCCAAUAUGCAUUCUAGUUGGAUGGAGUAUCAUCAGCGCUGCUAUUGUCGUUGGCAUUGCUGGGAUCUGUAUUGGAAUAACUGAAACAAUUUCGGCAGGAAUCGCAAUGGUGAUAUUUUUGCCGAUUGUUGGAAUUAUAACUUUUUUUGUAUUUAUUAUGGCAAUUUUAACCGCAAUAGGCUAUGCUGGUUUUAGUUUGAUAACACAUUUAUGUGAUCUGGUUGGAAUUGGUGGACACAUAUAUAUCAAAGAUAAGGAUGCUCUUAGACUUGGCGCAUUGCAUAAUCAAAGAAGAAUGGGCAAAACCAGCGUUUAUUAG